AAGUGAGCAGCAACCUCAUUCACGUCCCUUCACUGGUUCAUCAUGGGGUUGAGGGGAGCCCCCUGCUGCUGUCUGUGGAGACCCUCUUUUCGCUCGACGAAGCCGAGAUCCAGGGAACUUGGUCUCACACUGAACUGAGCGGAACCCGGACCACGCUGGUCACCUUCACCAACGACCACGAGAUCAUCGACAUGAUGUACCGCAACCACCUCCUCUUCAAACAAAGCAACCUUUCUCUGCUGCUCUUGAAAUUAAACCAGACCAGYGAGGGGGAGUACCACCUGAGCCUCAACAUAAAGUUUCACAACAGCAAAGGAGGGGUCAUCAAGGAGGAGAGGAYUAUACGUGUAACGGUUGAUGUCCCUAUCUCCAGUGCACUAAUUGAGAAGAUCCCAUCUUACCCGGUCGUAGAAGACAAAGCAAACGUAACUUGGACUUGUUCUGUGGAGAAAGGAACAAGAGUUGGGUACCAGUGGCUAAGGGAUAAUAAUGUACUGCCUCCCAAUGAGAGAUACCACUUCAGUCAAGAUAACUCUACAUUGCUGAUCAGCCCUGUGACCAAAAAGGACAAAGGAUCAUACCGCUGUGUGGCCAGAAACUCAGUGAGCCAGGCCCAGUACAGCAGGGUGGUGGAGCUCAGUGUUUACUAUGGCCCCUACAAUCUGGAGGUGAACACGGACCAGGGUCUUCGGACAGGGAAGGUGUUCACCAUCAACCCCGGCGAGCUGGUCUUCCUUGAGUGCCAGGCUGACUCCAACCCGCCAAACAGCUGCGUCUGGAUCUACAAGAACCACAAYGACACGGAGGUGGUCACCGAGGGAACACGGCUGGAGGUGCAGCUUUACAGGCUGGCACAGUCCGAAGACUACCUGUGCCGGGCUUUCAACAACGUGACGCAGAAACAGGACGAGACCCAGUUCACUCUGGUGGCAGCCAACAUUGGAACAGGAAAAGAAAAGCACACCCAGAAUGGUGGCUCUAUGUCUGUGCUGGCGGUCAUUCUUGUCUCCACUUCGUUUCUCUUCGGCUGUAUGCUGCUGGUCUUCCUGAGGAGAACAUGUCAUCCUAAGCGAGUGCUCAUGAACAUUUACAACAGACCAUUUUCAGAGAAGAAACAACCACAUCGUUCAGGCCAUGAAGAUGCAAAAGAAGACUUUGGCAUCUAUGAGUUUGUUUCUAUACCUGGGAAAACAGAAUCUACACAGGCGUCGUGCAGGUCUCUUGCUCGACUCGAGUCGAUUCAAGAUAUGCACACCACCAUCUACGAUGUGAUCCGACACGUCCCUGAAUCCCCCAGUCAGAGUUUGCUGAAGUAGCUUCUGUGAUGGAAAACGUGUAACUCUGUCUUUGCACUUGAAAUUUUUUUGUAAUUAUUUUUUGUGUAGCUUUAAGUCUCUCAAGCCCUUUGCCUGAAGCUGUGGGUGUUGUGGCCCAAUAGCUUUUUUUUUUUUUUUGCACAUGGGAUGAAAAAACACAAAACCUGAAUGUGCACUGUUACCAUUGAGAGUCUGGGACAGAGAGUUGUUGCCUUCUAAUUUUGAAAUAAAAAAUGUGAAACAUG